AUGCCUCCUCUUCAUGGAUUCUCCGACAAUCUUUUUCGCGGUAAAGAGGAUGUGAUUGUCGCGACGAGGGCACUUGUUCAGGCCCUUGAACCAUAUUUUUCGCCAGAACAAGCGCGGGUACGACUACCAACAUACUCAGGAGCACAUUUCGAUGAAGCAGCGGCAGACCUAGAAGGCUUUGCACGGCCCAUCUGGGCUAUAGCUGCUGCGUGCGCAGAAUCAUCUACGACAGCAGACCCAACGCUCAAGGCAUACGCAGAUCGCUUAGUAUCGGGACUUGCCAACGGAGUUGAUCCAGCGCAUCAUGAGUACUGGGGAGCGAUAGAAGACUGGGACCAACGCAUGGUGGAGGCUGAGGCGAUAUCAUUUGCGCUCCUUUUAGCUCCAUCCACGUUCUAUGAGCCAUUAUCAGCCCAAAGUCGCAACCAUUUGGUCGAAUGGCUAUCGGGCCUGAAUGAGAAAGUGAUGCCCCAAAACAACUGGCGCUGGUUUAGGAUCUUUGCAAACCUUGCUCUCCAUAGAGUAUGCGGCGUGCCUUACGAGAAUGUCAAAAAAUUCAUCCAAGAAGAUUUUGCUCUCCUCGACACGUUUCAGUUGGGCAAUGGAUGGGCCGCGGAUGGCCCGUGGAGAAAGGAUGCGAGAGAUGGAGAGGAAAUAUACGGUCGCCAGGCAGACUAUUAUUCCGGUAGCUUCGCCAUUCAGUUUAGUCAACUGCUGUACACUAUGUUCGCUUCUGACUUGGAUCCCGAGCGUGUAUCUCGAUACAUCCAACAGGCGCAAGAGUUCGCAGAUCAGUUCUGGAGGUAUUUUGACGAGGAAGGAGCACCAAUUCCAUUUGGCCGAUCCUUAACCUAUCGAUUUGCCAUGGGCGCGUUCUACGCAGCAUUUGCACUGGCCAAAGCCUACAAUUCUUCAAGCCCUUACACGUCCCCAGGAUUCGCUAAGGGAAUGCUACUUCGCCAUUUCAGGUGGUGGGCCACACAUUCCGAUAAUGUCUUUGCUUUGGACGGAACCCUCACCAUUGGCUACCUAUACCCAAAUAUGUUUAUGUGCGAGGAUUAUAACUCACCCCAGUCACCGUACUGGGCUAUGAAGAGCUUUAUCAUGCUAGGGCUGGCGAUCAGUGAUGAUUUCUGGACGGCAGACGAGCUCCCUCAUCCUUUGACCUCCGAUCGCGAAUCGAAGUCACUUGUGUCAGGCGUCCAGUUGCUCUCAGCACCGUUCCAGAUACUGUGUGAUCACCCAGCAGGCCAGCAUCACUUUAUGAUUUCUGCUGGCCAAUUUUGUGUCUGGCCCCUCAAGGCGACACAGGCCAAGUAUAGCAAGUUCGCAUAUUCCUCCGCGUUCGGCUUCAGUGUUCCAACUGGGCUAUUGUUGACGCAGAUUGCUCCAGAUAGCACCCUCGCUAUCAGUAGAGAUGAGGGAGACACCUGGAUCACUCGAUGGCAGACAAUUAAUAGUCCUACCAUUGAGACCAUCCUGAUUAACAAUCGGGAGGUUCAAUGCUUACGCAGCGGAUGGAAGCCAUGGCGUUCAGGCAGCAUAGAAAUCCACACACUCCUGGUUCCUCCUUGUGACGAGUGGCCUGAUUGGCAUAUUCGAGUUCAUCGUAUUCGGGACACUCAGUCCGGAUCUUCCACUGCUGAAAAGCUUAGUCUCGUUGAAGGGGCCUUCUCGAUAGAGGUCAAACAGCCACGUCGCGUCCCCAUCUUGGCGGAAGGCUGGGAUGCAGCAAGAGACAGCCUGGAUGUCGCCUUUGGAGGUCGCAUGGAAUAUGACACGGGUUCACUAGUUAUUGGAGAUGGUGACGCUAGCGGCAUCAAGAAUCUGUUCGCUUCGGAAUGUUCUCUAGAAGGCAAAGUUCUAAAGCCGGAUCCGAAUACCAAUCUGAUGGCCCCGCGAACGUUGAUUCCUACUAUCGAGCAUGAGAUCUGUAGUAUACCAGGGCGAGACAGAGUCAUUGCUACCGCCAUAUUCGCUGUUAGCAAGGGGAAGAGACAGUUUUCCCGGGAGGAACUUUACGAGAGGUGGUGCCAGCCUCCUAACUUGCCGCAAGAAGUCUUGACCCUCCCAUGUAUAUAA